GGAAUGACGACGAAUCCAUACUGCCCAUCAAUUCUUACUUACACUCAUAAAAGUUUAAAAGUAACAGAAAAGCUUUUAAGAACUUAUUGAAUCUACCCCCGCAAUUUAAUGUUCACCGCUUAGAUCAAAUAGGUUUAAUCUGUUACUCGAUAAUCCCGAUACCUAGGUAUCUCCAUAGAAAAAAAACUCUAUUUACCGCUAUUCAAUCUUCGGCGCCGGGUGUCAUUUCCAGUCUUGUUCUCGGGUCCUUUAUCUAACCUUAGCUAGGCAUAGUAGGAGCGUAACUUCUCGGUUGUAAGUCUUCAUGAAGCGUAACUCUAAUAACUUCCACUUUUCCAACUAGCAAUGACAAAUUCCAACCAUUUUAACCUAACGGCCAACGUCGUUUGAGUGAAUGGCUUUGAUGAAUUCAAUCUUGAUCAACUUUCAACUACAAUCACCGUGACUUAAGAUGAAGAGAUCCGCGCCGGCGGCAGGGACAUCGUUUCCGACUUAUCAAUGUCAAAUAUGUUUAUCUACAUACUCCACAAUCGGACAUCUACGACGUCAUGAAGCUGUGCAUGCUGGGCAACGACUUUACGGGUGCCACUUUUGUGAUCAACACUUUUUCAGAUCAGACGCUGCUAGGAGGCAUUCAAAAUCAUGCCCGAUGAGGGGUGGGAGGCCAAUGCCUCAGCCGAGGCCAAGAGGAAAGCAAAAACAAUCAUGUGACUCUUGUGCACGAUCGAAACGAGCCUGUAAUCAAGGACGCCCAUGUGAAGGUUGCCAAUUGAAUAACAUACCCUGCACUUAUUAUCGUUCGACGGGAAGCAGUGAUGGACCGCAGCCUUUGCAAGCCAUGCAAGACCUAGGGUCUUCAAUACAACCACUGCAUGAUACCGCACCAACACAUUUUAACCAGCCCAGCAACAAUGCGACAGCUUCUGGUAUACCAUCUCAAGAUCCUAAGAUGCAGUUUAGUUUUCUCCUCCAUUUCACAAAGCCUGGAACAAAGACCCUUUUGGAUUUCUUCGGCGCCCCAACGGUUAGCAGUAUGUCCACUCCAACGCUUUCUACCUCGAUGUCUUCAUCCCUCAUGCCGAAUUCCUCACUACUUGCUUUUCCCGAUGAAUUGGGAGACUUCAUGCAGAGUAAUGCACUGCCAAUACUAGAUGAUUUUAUCUGGGAUGGUGAAUUCAACAAUCUUCCAAUCAACUCGUCCCUACGAAGCUCGUCUAAAUUGGAAUACCGGCUCCAGGAACUUAUAUCAAAACUUUCUGUUACUCAUCAGAGAUUAUCCGACCUUUGUGAUGAAGAUUUACCGCCAUUUUCCGAAGAAAUAAAAACCGUUUUAUUCACUGUUCCUAAUUUGAUAGAUUUCACUCGAUUAUUCUUUGAUCAUUGGUAUCCUAAUUGUCCAAUUAUACACCAACCUACUUAUAACCUCGAGACGGUCUCACUUCCAUUGUUAUUUGCCGUCUUUCUCAUUGGCGCAGCUUAUUCUUCACCUCGAGAUACGGCUGCCUUAGCAAAGGAAUGUGGUGCUUUAUGCGAGGAGUUCGUUUUCGAGAAUGAAGAACUGAAAGAGAUGCUUCGUUCGGACCAGUACAGUGAAAAAUCGACCAGUCUUCAAGUUAUCCAAGCAGCGUUUCUUGUAUCAGUACUGCGAAAUUGGCAAAAUGGGGAACUCGCAAGGAAGAAAAUGCGCAACGGGCGAUAUUGUGAUAUUGUCAACGGUGCGAGGGCUCUGGGAUAUAACUCAUCAAGAAACCUGUACGCUACGGGGGUUUGCCCUUUCAAUUGGCUGGCUUACAUUGAAGCAGAAGCAAGAGUUAGGGUUAUGACUUUGAUAUAUCUUGUAGAUUGUCAUUAUACUAUUUUCAAUAAGUAUCCACCACGAGUAAUGAGUUCCGAAAUGAUCGGUGAUAUGCCAUCGUCAGAGGAAGCAUAUGCCGCUACAGACGCCCUCGUUUGCGAAGGAUAUUUGUUAGGAACAAACGAGGCACCUCGAGCCGCUCUGGCAACCUCAUUGGAGUGGCUAAUGGGAGAUGAAUGGAAUCCAGUGUAUCAUUACGGACUUACAACCCUCAAUUUGUUCACGUUCCUCAAUUCAUUGAGCACAACAAUCUUCCAGUUAAAAUCGACGUCUCUCUGGGUCUAUAACUCCGCUCGGAUCAGUCAAGCUCUCGAUAGAUGGAAAAUUCUUUGGGAUAGCUAUUUAAAACAAGUAGGGCCAGAUUUUACAAGAUCUGGAUUCUUCAAGAACUCUCUGGAGUUUUGGCAGCUUACUAAGUUACUGCUUAAGACUGAAGGAAACACAGGCCAAACAGGCCCGAGCGGCAAGGCCGAGACACCCAGCGAUUCGAUGACAGAAAUAAAUGCCUUGAUGGAUAAAUUCCAAGGUGUUACUAUCUCUUGAUUUUGGUUGCUAUAUGUUACGAAGCACUGGCAAACAUACCAUACAACA